UUGCAACUCGGUGCCAGGUUUGGACAAAGAUUGCAUUUUGCAGUUCCAUGCAGUAACCUUUGCAAAGAUUCCAUGCAGUUACUCGCAGUUAAUGGUCAGAUGCUACUUUAGAAGUGGAGAGGCAACUAAAGAACAAAAAGAAAGCUAGCUAACUUUGUGGACGCUAUCUAGCAUUUGGCUGCUGACAGCAGCCACUUCUCCGGACUGAGAAGGAUCGGGUGGAAGCCUCAAUUUCCUGCGCCAAUAGUCGAGGAAAUGAGGGCGGAGCUGGCUGGCUUCCCUUCUCAGCGCUGCAUCCAGCUGGGUGUGAGUGUGUGAGACUCUGACUCUGUUCCAGAGGGAGAUCUCCUCCUGGGCGGCGGGCGGUGCUUCCCUUAUUUCUCCCGGUUUUCUCCCCUCCUCCCCUCGCAUGGAAGGCGCUAUAAAUGCUGCGACCGCCUGAACGGGAAACGACGACGGGGCACCCCACUUUCACUCGAAGAGCGCUCGCCGUGAUCGCCCGCUAACAUGUGGUUCCUCCUAGUGGCGAUGGGCAGCCUGAGAGCAGGGCUGGCGUCACCCACACCGUCUCCGGCGCCGAUCCCCUUAGGCGCGCAGUGCCUGGGCUCCGCCUGCUUCGGUUUAUUCGGCAUUGCCAGGAGUUUCGCCGAGGCGGGCGGCGUGUGCGAGGCGGGCGGCGGACACCUCAUGACAGUCCGCUCCACUGUGGCGGCGGAGGCCAUAGAGCUGCUGCUGAGCGACAGUCCCGGCAGCGCCUGGCUGGGCUUACGCCUGCCCGGGAACCACUGCGUCGAGCCGUCGAAACGCCUGCGGGGAUUUCAGUGGGUGACCGGCGACGAGCGGACGGAUUUCGACGCUUGGGACAGCAACGGAUCGGACUCAAAAGUGCCCACCUGCGGCCCCACGUGCGUGGCGGUGACUGGCCAACUGAGGUGGCAGGAGCGCUCCUGCAACGCCUCCGCCGAAGCCAUCCUAUGCGAGUACAACUAUCCGAACGGGACCUGCGGGCCCCUGCCGGCCGCCUUGCCGGUCACUUACCUCACGCCCUUCGGCGCCCGAGAGAGCGAUCUGGUGGCCUCUCCGCCGGGCACUACGGCGGAUGUGCAGAGUUUGGGCGCCGUUCUGGAGUGCCGCGCUCAGGGCAGCAACGGGUCUUUGGAAUGGGGUUCAGCCGCACCCGGCGCCUGGGAUUGCCAGUUGCAAAAUGGGGGCUGUGACGAUCAGUGUCAUUUGGACGAGCAAGGGAGACCCCACUGCACCUGCCCGGAAGGCAAGACGUUGUUGGAGGACCAACGGAGCUGCUGGUCCCCCUGUGCCACUUUAGGAUGCCAGCAGCAUUGUGAGCCUCAGGGUGACUCUGGGGUCUGUAUGUGCUUUGAGGGUUAUGAGCUGGAUUCCGAUGGCAAGAGCUGCUUGGACAUUGAUGACUGUCAGGCCACACCAGCGGUUUGUGAACAGGAGUGCAUUAACAUCCAGGGCUCAUAUAAGUGCGACUGCAGGCAAGGCUAUGAUCUGGUGAAGGGCAAAUGCCUCCUAGAAAAAUGGGAGUGCUUUGAUUUAACAUGUGAACAUGACUGCAACCUGGUUGAUGGGGAGUAUAAAUGCAUAUGUUCUGAGGGAUAUAUUCCAGACCCCAAAAGUCCUCAUAAGUGUCUCCGAGUCUGUAACCAGACUCAAUGCGCUGCACAGUGUGACCCUCACAAUAUAUAUCAAUGCUAUUGUCCAGAAAACUUUAUCUUGGAAGUGAACAUAGAUGAUAUGACAAUAUGCACAGACAUCAAUGAGUGUGAGUCUGGAUACUGUGGUUCCCUGAAGUGCAUAAAUAUGCCUGGCAGUUACAACUGCAUCUGUCCCAAUGGACUUAUUCAAGAAGAGGACAGCCUCUGUGAGCAGCCAUCAGAAGAACCAGAAGAGUUUUCGGGUGAAACGGAAACUUAUCCCAAAUCACCUGUUCCUCCUUCUUUUGCCCCACCAAAGGAUGGCAGCAGCCGAGGGACAUUGGUUGCAAUCAUUGUUAGCGUCACCUUUACGGUUGUGAUGUUGGUGGUUAUUAUCUGCUACCUGGUGAAGAAACGCUUUGCUGCACAAAGCAUAUCGGACUACAAAUCUCAGCAGUCUGAAAGUGGUGUGGCACUUCAGCAUGUUAGUUCAACAUGUGACUCUUCCAGACAGAAAAUGUAGGAAACAUUCAUAUUGGAAAGAGAAAAGAGACAGGAAUUUUAAAAACUGCAAGGAAAUGUUUAUGAAUUUGUGGGGGGGGGAGUCCUGUGCAGAUGCUGUUUAAUUCAUAACUGCCUGCAUGAACUCUGAAGUAAUAUUUUCCUUUCAUUUCCUGAGAGUUAAUUGUCAUGCCGUGAGAGCAA